GUUAUCACACAACUGUCUAUAUCUAUUUAUUAUGUCGGAUCGAAAGCACGUUGAUUUUAAUUCUAUUUAUAAUGGACUCAAACCAGAUACUGGUCGAUUUAGGAUAGCCUCAAAUGGUAUAGGAUGGAAAGGAGCUGGUGGCGAUCCUAUUGUUCUUGCACCCGAUGAUCUACGAAAAUUCACAUGGAUUCGUGUAGCUCGUGGAUAUCAAUUACGUGUUUCCCUCAAAGAUAAUCAAGUACUCAAAUUUGAUGGAUUCCAUUUGGAUGAUAUGGAAGGUGUGAAGGAUGCCAUUAGAUCUUUUUAUAAGAAGGAUUUGGAAUUGAAGGAACCAAGUGUGAAGGGUUGGAAUUGGGGAAAAACCGAUUUUCAAGGAUCUAACUUGACGUUUAAUGUAUCCAAUAAACAAUUAUUUGAGUUACCUUUGGCUCAAGCUAUUGGUGCGAAUAAAGCUGGCAAAAAUGAAGUAUCUAUCAACUUUGUAGAUCCUGGACAACCUGCACCUGACGGGGUGAAUCCCAAGGAAGUGGACGAACUAAUGGAUGUCACUUUUUAUAUACCUGGAACAGUGGCAAAAGAUAGUGUCAAUAAUACUGAUGAUGAUGAUGAUGCCGAAGAAGAAGAAGCCAAUGCUGAUGCUGUGUUUUAUGACAAUGUGAAAUCAAAACUGGAAUUCAGUCAAAUGACAACCGAAAACAUUGUACAAUUUCAAGAAGUUCUCUGUCUCACUCCUCGUGGUCGUUACAAUAUCGAUAUGUAUCAAGACUUUUUACGAUUACGGGGUAAAACUUACGAUUACAAGAUUCUGUAUUCCAAUAUCAUCAAGUUGUUUUUGUUGUUGAAACCCGAUGAAGUGCAUGUUUUAUUUGUGAUCGGAUUGGAUCCUCCUUUACGUCAAGGGCAAACCAAAUAUCCAUUUUUAGUAUUCCAAUUUGUACGUGAAGAUGAAAUUGAUGUGGAUUUGAAUUUGGAUGAUGCCAAACUGGAUGAAAAAUACGAAAACAAGCUCCAAAAACAUUACGAAGCUCCUACUUAUGAAGUGGUUAGUACUAUUUUCCGUGCUUUGACAGGUAGAAGGGUAGCAGUGCCUGGUACUUAUCGAAGUCAUCAUGGUGCACAUGCUCUUAAAUGCUCUAUGAAGGCCAACGAAGGUUAUUUGUAUCCAUUGGAAAAGAGUUUUUUGUUUAUCCCUAAGCCUACGACAUUUAUUCCGUUCAAUGAAAUUGGUGUAGUGAACUUCUCUCGUGUGGGCACUCAAUCUGGUGGUAGCUCAAGAACAUUUGAUAUGAAAUUCCAUAUGAAGAGUGGUAGUGAUAUUCAGUUUUCCAGCAUCAAUCGAGAAGAAUAUUCAAGUUUGGAAGACUUUUUACGACAAAAGAACAUCAAGGUCAAGAGCGAAAAUGUACAAGAAACCAUCAUGUCUUAUGCAGAAAUUGAUGAUGAAGAUGAAGAAGAAGAUUUAGGUGAAAGCCGCAAGAAACGUAGUCGAUUGGAAGUGGAUGCUAUGGAUGAAGAAGAUGAAGAAAGUCCUGAUGAAGAUUUUGCUCCCAACGAAAGUGGUAGUGAUGUUGCCGAAGAGUAUGAUUCGGAUGUACAAGGUUCCUCGGAUGAAGAAUCGGAUGAAGAAUAAGUUAGCGAUAUUGUAUAUAGGAUGAUGUUUAUCGUUUGAUGUAUCCCCUUUCCUCUUUUGAUCAUAUACUUUGUCAAUAAAAAAAAUGAUUAUUAUUAUUAUUA